AUGAAUAUCCCCCAACAUUCAAUUCAUCAAUGUAUUACACCAGAACCAACAACUCUAAAAAAUAUUAAAAAUGCCGUUGUAGUCGAUUCCCUUUUAUGUUUUUUCAACAAUUUCCGUUCCCUUCCACAAAUCAAAACAAUUUUAUUAAAUAAUUUUUCAACUUUAUCUUUUCGUCAUUCGCUCGAAUUAAUUUGUAAUUUUGUUGGAGAGAAAAAAGAAAAUUUAAAUUUUGAAAAAGAAAAUAAUAAACAAUUUUUGUGUGAAGAAAUUUUGAUUAAUUUUGAGAAAUUAAUUAAAGAAGGGAAAUUGCCGGUAUUUGCUGCUGCUGAUCUUCAUUGCCUUCCUUUAAGGCCUUUCUUUUUUGAAGAAAAUAAUUGUGGAGGAGGGGGAGGAAAUGGAAACAACAAUCAACUUUUGGAUGAAUUGAGACAAAUUAGAUUUUUGUUGCAAGAUUGUUUGUUGCUACACAAAGGAAGGUGGGUUGUUUGUUUGUUUUUUUUUUUGAAGAAGGGGAAGAUUAUUUUGGGGGGUUUUUAG